AACGUGUUAGUUCGUUGCCAUCACCUCGGUGAGCUGCAGUGUGCGCGUAAAGUAAAUAAGUGCGUGUGACUUGAUGUGAGAGUGAGUUUUUCGCAGUUCAAAAGCUGACUGUGUGACAUUGAACAAAACUAUGCAAUGUAAUUUGUGUAAUAGUUAUUCGUUGACAGUGAGCUUACAAUAUUUCAGUUAAAAGUACUUUGCGCGRCUUUAAGAAGCAAGAGCGAAAUAUUCUGAGGGGAUUUAAAUGCGAUAAACUGCAGUAAUAGUUUCAAGUCGAGAGUAUAAAAAAAAAGUUUUAACAAAGUGAAACCAUAAUAUAGCCUUAAACUUUCGAUUAGAGUGCAAGCCAUCUUGCAGUUAACUACCAGCAACAAAAUCGUCAACGAUGCGACACCGACAACACUCGUUACACACAGACAAUGUCACAACUUGUCUGCUGCUGUUAUCGCUGCUAAUAGCUGCACCCAUAGCUGCAAAGGCCGCCAGAAAUUCGCGGUCGCACUUAGCUGGCAAUGAUAAGCCAAGUGUCGCAGCUGCAGCAGCAACUGCUAAGGCUGCCGGCUAUCAAGCGCAGAGCGUCGAAGAAAAUGAAGACGUUGGCUACUCAGCGGCAAUUGUCACAAGUGAAGUCAAUAAAACUGCAAAAGAAGACUCUUUGGCGGCGCUGGAGAACAAUGAAAAUGUCGGGCCUGCACAAGGUGAAGACAAAACAAAAACAACAAACACAGCUGAGCAGUUGGAGCAAGAAAACAAGGAAUUACAAUUAGAUAUUGAUGAUGAAGACAUGGAAUUCAUAGACAAAGCCGGCGAUGAAAAUGAUAUUGCCAAUGAUAAAGAGAGCAGCUUUCAAAAGUGCGAUAACGAGUUAAUUGGUUUCGAGAUUACAACGGGUUAUGUCUUCUCCGCACCAGGAAAGCUACUAACUUCAAUGCCAGGCACACUAAUGUUAACGGAUUGCUUGGACGCCUGCCGGAAAAAUGCAGCUUGUCAUGCGGCAAAUUAUGAGACUGGCCUAUGUGUGCUCUUCUCGGCGAAUGCGGAUAAGCUGCCAGGAGCUCUUGCCAAGUCUCAGUUCCCCGUCUUUACACUUUAUGCACAAAAAUCGUGUCUCGAUCAACGCCCUUGCUCUCGCGCCUGGUAUAUUGAUCGCGUUCAGGGCUACAAAUUGAACGGCUACACGAAGCACAAGUUUCCCGCGGAAACACGUCGCAAUUGCAUACAGUUAUGUUUGGGUCAAACGGAAUUCACAUGCAGAUCGGCCAAUUUUGAUCGCAUUACAAAAACUUGUGAACUUUCCGAAAUGGAUCGUAUGACGCUGAGCGGCACGAGCGCAUUCCAGCAGCAAGAUACUGUCGAUUAUCUAGAGAAUAAUUGCGCCGAUGAGCCAAAUAAAUUGUGUGAAUUCAAGCGCUUACCCGGACGCAUAUUGAAAACGGUGGAUUCGGUGUAUCAGGAUAUUGGCAGUUUUGAUGAGUGUCGUGAUUUAUGUUUGAAUGCGCCAUACAGAUGCCACUCGUAUGACUACGGCGACACCGGUGAUAUGGUUUGUCGUCUCUCCCACCACAGCCGCAUCACACUUAAUGACGUGCAAGAUCCUUAUCUAUCGGUACCCGAAGCGACGACAUACGAACUCUCAUCUUGCUACAAUGUGACCAUCGAAUGCGGCGCCGGCGAUAUGAUUGCGCGCAUACGCACCUCCAAGCUCUUCGAUGGUAAAGUAUACGCUAAGGGCUCACCGAAAUCCUGCGCUGUGGAUGUGAAGAACUCGCUGGAAUUUGAGCUGAGCAUGGGCUAUCAAAAUCUCGAAUGCAACGUGCGUCAAAGCAACACCGGUCGCUAUAUGAACGAUGUGGUGAUACAACAUCACGACACCAUUGUGACCUCUUCCGAUUUGGGUUUGGCCGUGACAUGCCACUAUGAUUUGACAAAUAAAUCGGUGACGAAUAAUGUGCUGCUAGAUAUUAAGGACGAUUUCGAGCCGGCAUUGAGCGAAGAGGUGAUCGUCGAUUCGCCGAAUGUGUUGAUGAAGAUCACAUCGCGUGAUGGCAGUGAUGUGCUGCGCACAGCGGAAGUCGGUGAUCCGUUGGCGCUGAAGUUCGAGAUACUGGAUGCGCAAAGUCCUUACGAGAUAUUUGUGCGUGAGCUCGUAGCCAUGGACGGUAGUGAUAAUGCUGAGAUUACGCUGAUCGAUUCCAACGGUUGUCCCACCGAUCAAUUUAUAAUGGGUCCAAUUUACAAGAGUUCGACUUCGGGCAAAGUCUUACUCGCACAUUUUGAUGCCUUCAAGUUCCCAACGUCAGAGUUGGUACAAUUCCGCGCCUUGGUCACACCCUGUAUGCCGACUUGUGAGCCCGUGCAAUGCAAUCAAGAGGAUAUCGGCGGCGAAUUGAAGUCAAUGAGUUCGUACGGACGCAGACGACGUGCGCUAAAUGUGACAGCAUUCGAGGGCGCUGUGUAUACCAGACAUGAACUGCAACAACAAUUACUGGAACAGCAACACCAACAACUCAUAAGCCGUCAACGACUUUUACGCCUGCGUAGUAAACGUGCCGCAGUUGCCUCCACCUCAACCAGCCAACCUAGUCAAGAGGACAUGUUGUUGGUGCAAUCCAUACAGAUCACCGACAAAUUCGGCUUCGAUAAGCAGCUGCAGCAGAAGCACACCAAAACAUUGUCGAAUGAUGACAACGAGAAGGCGCUGAUCGGCGGCAAUGCUGGGUUAGGAUAUUGCGUUAAUGCGAUCGGUCUUAUAUUGGCACUCACCGUUUUUCUGCUGGCUCAAUUGGCUAUCACCGCCGUCUGGAGCUACUUGCGUCAGCGACGACGAAAGCCCACCGUUAGAGAAAGUCCCAGCAGUUCGAAAGCAUAUGCUACACGUGGUGGCAACUCUACAAAAAGCUCAACAGCAAUGAGCAAAAGCUCUACGAGCACGCGUACAGAGUCGCUGUGCAAAGUUUACGACCGAGCUUUCGACGGACGGCACGGCAGGCAAUUUUAAGCGCAUAUGAGAUAUUUCUUCAAUGAACAAACAAAAACAUUGCAGAAUGGACUAAAUGGUGAGCAAUUACUUUCGAAGAAAGUUAUAUUUGCAAGAAAAAAAUCAGACAAGCGAAUUUAAGCCGGGCGUUAAGCAGCAAUUAGAAGAAAAAAAAAAUAGUUUAGAAUUGUAUUUAAUAUUUAAUUGAAACUCACAUGCAUUUUAAUUUUACUCUUUACUAUAAAUGCCAUGAAUUCUUAAUUGACUCAAUUAAUGACCAUAAAUAGAUAUAUUAAUAAGCGUUUCGAACAGCCACUUAAACAAGUCAAUUAGCCGUUUUCGCUAAAUAUUGUUAGUGUUAAUCUAUCGCGCGAAUUCUUAAAAUUAGUGGCUUGUCUGAAAUGCCUAUAAGUAUGUUUGUCGCACUUGAGAAUAAUUAAGCAACAUUUAUUUGCAUUUAUUUUAUUUGAAUCAAUUUAUGUCCAUUUAGUAAAGCUUGAACAUAUUUAUAACCACUAAGAGGGAAUUAUUCAUUAAGCCUACACAUACAUACGUAUAAUAUAGUAAUUUAGUCGACUAAGUUAAAAGUGUAAAUGAAUUCGAUAAAUAAAAAUCGAUUAACUUACUUAUAAAA